UCUGAUAGCUGCUAAAGGUCUACUAGCUACCACGACCCACUAGUUGGUGGUCAAGCCAGUGUGUCGGUAGUUUGUAGGUUUAGUCUUAGAAAAGAGAUUAAAAUUUGUUUUUUGGACAUAUACUGUAACCUCAACGUACCUCGUCUUCGAUACUACUCUGUUAGCCCCUUCAGGCUAUGCAGCAAACUUUCCUAGUGGCCAAACCAUGUAGGUAAUUACAAUGUCACUAGAUGUUUCCAGCACAAGCCUCUGCCCUAAGAUACACUCGCUGCUACUGGUCUGCUAAUAACUGCAACCAACAAGCAAUGGUCCAGUGUGGACACCGUGGUGUGCACCCAUUAAGGUGAAACAUGGUGACGUGAGCUGUCGCACACCCAGAGGCGAGCACUACAGGAACGUGAUGGGGACGCGCUGCAAGAUCCGCUGCAAGCAAGGCUACGAGUCCCAGAGCUCAGAGGUGGUGUGCAUGGCCAGCAAACACUGGUCCUCCAACUACGCCUGUCGAGAGAUCCGCUGUCCCAAACUGAACAUGCCUGCCAACGGUGGCUACAAGUGUUCGGACGGCUCCUACUUCAACUCCCGCUGUGAGUUCUUCUGCUCGCCGGGAUUCAGUCUGAAGGGCCAGAAGACGGCAACGUGCCAGCACAGCAAGCAGUGGAGCGCUGGAGUGCCCACUUGUGUUGAUAUGGAUCCUCCAAAAAUCAAGUGUCCUAAUGUGAAGGAUAAGUGGGCAGAACCAGGAAAAGUGACGGCGAGGGUGACCUGGGACACACCAGAGGGUGUGGACACUGCGGAUGGCAUCCUCACAGAUGUUAUCCUCAAAGGGAAAGCGCCAAAAUCUGACUUCCCAGAGGGACUCCAUAAGAUGUCCUACACUGUGUUCGACCGUGCCGGGAACAAAGGAUCAUGUCGCUUCACUGUCAGAGUGCGAGUGCGCCGCUGCAGUGAACUGUUUCCUCCAGACAACGGUUACAUGAAGUGCGACAGUGACAGAGACAACUACGGGGCCACUUGUAAUUUCAAAUGCACCGGUGGCUACGAGCUGCAGGGCAGUGCUGCCAGAGUGUGUCAGUACGGACUCACCUGGUCUGGCACUGAUACAAACUGUGCACCCAUGAACAUCAACGUGGGAGUGCGUACGGCCGCCGCGCUGCUGGACCAGUUCUAUGAGAAAAGACGGCUCCUCAUUAUCUCGGCCCCAACGGCUGCCAAUCACAAUUACCGCUUCCAGAUGACUAACUUACAGCACGCUCAGUGUGGACUGGACCUGAGGCAUGUGACAGUAAUUGAGCUGGUUGGGACGUACCCGGCACAGAUCGGCCGAAUUCGACACACACUGUUGCCCCCGUUGCUGUCGCUGCAGCUCAGGUUACUGCUCCAGAUUCCUCAAAGGUCUUUCCAAAUGGUGCUGGUAGACAAGCAGGGCACGGACAAGCAACGCUACCCGUUCCCGAUCACCGCGGCUGAAUUAUUCACCACCAUCGACACCUUCCCCCUCCGCAAGGAUGAGAUGGUGCUGCAGCAGGAGGCGGGUCAGACCUGUCAAUCAUAAAACCCUGGACACUCUGCCAUCCGUGAUCCUUUUCCUCCUCAGUCGGUCAAAGCAGACAGGACCCACUCACAUCUUCUGUUUCUUUCUACAUGUCACACACGUCUACCUGAACUAAUUCAGUCCUGUAUCCACAAGGUGUGAGUGUGUGUGUGUGUGCGUUUCUGUGUGUGUGCCAUCAAAGAUCGAGACGUCAGUCAUGGCGCUGACCUGAAGCAAGAUUGGUUAAAGAGACGUUACUAAAUGGAAUGGGUCAUACAAUACAUUACAAUCAUAUUGAUUCCUGUGUCUCGUCUAUCUGUAUGUUUUAUUAUUAUUAUUAUUAUUAUUAUUAUUAUUAUUAUUGAUAUUUUCACAACAGAAAUAUGUUUUUGUAUGAAAAGUCUUUUUACUGUAUGAACUGGAAAACUCCUGUCGCCUGUCAAGUAUUUAUGUCCCACUUCUCUCAUAAUGAUGAAUUCUGUCACUCUCUGGAACACUGUGUGUGUUUUAUGUGCAGGACAGGACAGUGAUUCAGCUCUGUUUGUACACUCUGCCUCUGAAUUUACAAGACACUGAUUAAAUAUGUCUAUCAUUGA